AUGCCUCGAGAUUACCCUACCAUCAAGGAAUAUGCGAAGGUCCAGAGUGAGCUUGGAAGUUGCCUUCCGGAAUUUCGGCAGACUCUUAGUCGUGCGCUAACCUUCGGUGCUUCAGCUGGAGUACCGUUCGGUAUGUACGUGGCUUACAAGCAGCAUGGUCGAGACCUGCGAGCAUUUGCUGGUAAGUCAUUUGCUACUUGGAUGGCAACAACAUUAACGCUAGGAGCUAUUGGAAUCAUGGCGGGAGCGUAUAAUUGUUUGCGAGUACAAAUGUGA